UUGAUGGCUAUUUGUUUUUCUCCUCUCCAGGUCUCUGAAAAGAAGUUUCUUACAAAGUCAAUGAAUGAGACGAAUUAUUCUCGUGUUACAGAAUUUGUGUUGCUGGGACUCUCCAGUUCCAAGGAGCUUCAACCUUUUCUGUUUUUCAUAUUCUCACUACUCUACCUAUCUAUACUACUGGGCAACUUUCUCAUCAUACUAACUGUGACCUCAGACUCCCGCCUUCAUACCCCCAUGUAUUUUCUGCUUGCAAAUCUCUCCUUCAUAGAUGUAUGUGUUGCCUCAUUUGCUACCCCAAAAAUGAUUGCUGACUUUCUGGUUGAGCAAAAGACUAUUUCUUUUGAUGCCUGUCUGGCUCAGAUUUUCUUUGUUCACCUCUUUACAGGCAGUGAAAUGGUUAUUCUCGUGUCCAUGGCCUAUGACCGCUAUGUUGCAAUAUGCAAGCCUCUCCACUAUAUGACAAUCAUGAGCCGCCGAGUGUGUAUUAUGCUCGUUCUCAUAUCCUGGAGUGUGGGCUUCAUCCACACUACCAGCCAGCUAGCAUUCACUGUCAACUUGCCCUUUUGUGGUCCUAAUCAGGUUGACAGUUUUUUCUGUGACCUUCCUCUAGUGACAAAGCUAGCCUGCAUAGAUACUUAUGUUGUCAGCUUACUAAUAGUUGCAGACAGUGGCUUUCUUUCGUUGAGUUCCUUUCUCCUCUUGGUUGUCUCCUACACUGUAAUACUCAUCACAGUGAGGAAUCGCUCUUCUGCUAGCAUGGCCAAGGCCCGCUCCACACUGACUGCUCAUAUCACUGUGGUCACGCUGUUCUUUGGACCAUGCAUUUUCAUCUAUGUGUGGCCUUUCAGCAGUUAUUCAAUUGACAAAAUACUGGCUGUAUUUUAUACCAUCUUUACUCCCAUUUUAAACCCUGUUAUCUACAGUCUAAGGAACAAAGAAAUGAAGGCAGCUAUGUCAAAACUGAAGAGUCGAUAUCUGAAGCCUGGUCAGGUUUCUGCAAUUCUCAGAAAUGUUCUUUUACUGGAAACAAAGUAA